AUGACGCCUAUUGCGUCUGUUCCGACUCAUGGAGAGAAGCUAGAAAAGUUCAACGGGGCUGAAGUCAAGAGAUGGCAACAGAAGAUGUUGUUCUAUCUCACCACUUUGAACUUGGCAAGGUUCCUCAUGGAGGAUGCUCCGAAGUUGGAUGAAGGAGAGACAAACGAGGAAAAGAUUGAUGCUAUAGAUCUUCAGGCGUCAUGCAGCAAAGACAAAGCAGUACUGAUCUCGGUGUAUGUGGAGAAGCCACAAAGGAGGAAGCUCAGUUCACCAAAUCCGAGUCACCGCCCUCAUCAUCACCGCCAUCACUACCAUCACCACCACCACCACCACCUUCAUCGCCCCAAUGAAGAAAGGCAAAUUCAGAGCAAAGGUACUUUUUCUGGCAAAGGAUACAAUAGAAGGGCCGAACUUCUUCAUUACUGCCAGCACCUCCGGAAAUCUGCUCACCCCGCCGCCGAAUCCACAUCCCUACUCCCAGCACCUAUCUCUACAAACAAUUACCGAAUUUCAGACAAAACUGUCGCUGUCCAGAGAAAACAAAAAUUGGAGACGGCUCCGGCUUGUCUUGGAAACUACAAAAUCACGAUCACCAGGUUCUUAAGAUCUUUGACAAGCUUCCAAGCGAAGAAAGAUAGGAAGAAAAGGAAAAAGGACACUGGGGGAUCGACAGGCAAUAAAGAGCAAGCAGAAAUGAAAAGCCUGGAGGUAAAGUCAUCAUGCUUUCUUGUAUCUUCUGUUAGAGGAUUUUCAACGGGAUAGAAAAGGUUCUAAUGCUCUAAUUCUCUCAGGUGCCAAAGAAAUGGGCAUUUUGGUAAAAAAUGGAGCUUCGGAAGCAGAGGUGAAUCUCCAUAGCGAUGAGGCUUUAAAUGUGAAACCAAGAGUACCAAAUUGGAAGAACAAAUUUCAUCUAGGUCGUGAAGUUGUAUAAAAUUCCCUCCUACACGAGACAGAAGUUCGUUCUUCUGAUUACUAUUCAUUUGUAUGCCUGUUGCAUUGAGAAAUGCCUGUUUGUACUGUC